GUUUUCCUUCUCAUUUCCCCAUUUUUUGGCUAGCGAAAAGCAUAGGAAAAACUCAGGGAGCAAAAGGGGAAGCGCGAAGCCGAAAGCCGCGAAGCGAGAGGGAGCGCGAGCGAGCUCGCGAGCUCUUCAAUGGUGGUUAGGGUUUCUACGCCCGCCUCCCCACGCUUCUAGCCGCCGCCCGGCUCCAGAAGAUGUCGAUUUCACCCUGGAAGCCCGGGGGGUUGCCUGUGAUGGAGGAGCAGGCCCGCCGGAGCGGCGCGGACCCGGGCGUGGCGGUGCACGCGAUGAUGCAGGUGAGCUCCCCCGCUUGUCCGGCUCCGGUAGAAGCUUCUGGAAGCUUUGGUGCGUGUCAAAGUGUACCGUUUAACCGAUGAUGGGAAGUGGGAUGAUCAGGGAACCGGCCAUGUAACCAUUGACUGUAUUGAGAAAUUGCUCUGACUGUUGUGGAUGAAAAGGAUAAUGACACACUACUGCUUCACAACAUUACUUCGGAUGAUAUCUACAGGAAACAAGAAGCAACAAUCAUCUCGUGGAAGGAUCCUGAAAAAGCACUAGAUUUAGCGCUGAGCUUUCAAGAAGCUGAAGGAUGCUCAUACAUAUGGCAGAGCAUGCGUACCAUACAGCAAAACCUACAAUCUAACGUCCUUGGCUCUCAAGGCAGCCCAUGUCCAGCAUCUGAGUCCCUAGAAGCUUCUAGAGGUUCACUUUCUCAUGGUAGGACAGAUGAGUCCUUAGUUUCUGUUAAUGAUGAAUUGAAGGAUCUUCCUCCUCUUGAGUUGUCCAGUCUUCCUUCGAUUUUAAAGACUGUAUUGGAGUGCGGAAUGAAGGAUCAGAUGCGUGUCGCAGAGUUAAUAUCAGAAGAUCAUGAAUUUUUCCCCAAACUAAAGAACCUUUUCAGAAUGUGCGAGGGUUUAAGAAGCAUGGAUGGUCUCCACAUGAUCUUCAGACUAGUCAAGGGAAUCAUAUUGUUGAACAAUUCUGCAAUAUUUCACAAGAUUUUCUCUGAUGAUUUUAUCCUUGACAUAAUAGGGGCUCUUGAGUAUGAUCCGGAGGUUCGCAAUGUGCAGAGUCAUCGUGCUUUCCUGCAGGAGCAUGUAGUUUUCAAGGAGGCCAUACCCAUUAGAAAUGCUUCUGUGGUCUCAAAGAUUCAUCAAACAUACAGAAUAGGCUAUAUAAAGGAUGUUAUAUUACCGAGAGUAUUGGAUGAUGCUACUAUGGCAAGCCUUAACGCAAUUAUUCGUGCGAACAACUCUGUUGUUGUGUGUUUACUAAAUGAUGAUGCUUCUUUUAUCCAAGAUCUGUUUGCUAAGAUGAGAUCUUCAAAUAUCUCUGCUGAAUCAAAAAGCAAACUGGUCCUGUUUUUGCAUGAGUUUUGCACUCUCAGUAAAAGUUUGCAGGCUGUUCAACAAUUACGGCUGUCUAGAUUGGUUUUCACUUAUUAUUAUACAGUUUUUUCUUCUCAGGUGAAGUUUGUUGCCAUAUUCUGUCUCUUGAGGCUUGAAAUUCAAAAUUUCCCUAUAUUUUAUGUAUCUAGUGUUCCCUUUAGAUCGCGCUCGAUUUAUUCUGGUCAUGACAUUUUGAGGGAUCUUGUUAGUGAAGGUGUGUUUGACAUCAUUUCUGAUGUGUUACAGAGUCGGGAUAAAGUACUCGUCCCAGCUGGGACAAGCAUCCUUAUGCAUUUUCUUAAUCAGGAUCCUAACUUAGUUAGAACAUAUAUUGCUCGUCAUGAAGAAACUUUUCAAGAAGGCAGUUCUCUUCUCAAGAUUCUGGUUCAAGGCGUAAUUGACUCUGGUGAGGAAAUGCACUGUCAGUAUUGUGAAAUUCUAAGGAAUCUGAUGGAUUCUUGUGUUGCGGAUACAUCUACCAAAUGUAAAGAAGCUGUUAUUCAGGCUUUUUAUGACAAACAUCUUCAUAAAUUGAUUGAUGUAAUUGCAUCGUCUUCCCCUCCAAAGGGCAUUACCGGAUCAGCAUCUGGUUCAGUUGGUGUUGGCACAAUGGUCGAAGAGCAUUCUGCUAAGCCUGAAAUAUUGUUGAACAUUUGUGAGCUUUUAUGCUUCUGUGUACUUCAUCACCCCUACAAGAUGAAGCUCAACUUUUUUACAAGCAAUUCAAUGGAGAAAAUCCUUACUUUAACCCGUCGGAGAGAGAAGAUUUUGGUUGUGGCAGCUGUCCGAUUUAUGAGGACUGUUAUUGGCAGAAAGGAUGAGUUUCUUAUUAGCCAUAUUAUCAAGUUCAACUUGUUGAAACCAAUUAUUGAGGCAUUUGUUGAAAAUGGCGAUAGAUACAACGUGCUACACUCGGGGAUCCUUGAACUGUUGGAAUACAUAAGAAAGGAAAAUCUUGAGUUCCUUAUUGAAUAUGUUGCUGAGUCCUUUUGGGACCAACUUGUGAGGUUCGAACAUUUGGGGAGCAUUCAGGCCUUCAAACUUAAGUAUCAACAGAUCAUGGGGAGUGCUGAAACAAAUCAAAGUACUAGUGUGGUUGACAUGAGGAAUAAGGCAGAAGAAAGAGGUGUUGAUAAGGAAGAGGAAGAUUAUUUUAAUAAAGACAGCGAAGGAGAAGAUUCUGAUACUCAGGCAAAGUGUGCACAGAAGCAAUCUAUCCCAUCGAGGCUUAAAUCUGGUGGGCUUGUGGAUUAUAAUGACGGUGAUGAUGAUAAAUAUUUCAAUCCACCUCCCAAAAAGCUUGUCAAAGCUGAUGACGAUGAUGAGGUCCUAAAUAUGCCCAUGGUGAGGAGCAGUCCAGAGGAUGGCAGACAUACAGAUGGGAAGGCUUGCAAGAAGCCAAAGCUAGAAGUUAGAGUUAGCUGUGCCAAGAUUGUUGCUGCAGUUAAUGUGACAGGUAGACCUGAUUUGGAAGAUAAGGUCCCCCUCUUGCCUUCGUCAAGCAUGAAAAGUUCUGAAGGCAAUGACGGUUUAGGGGUUGGAAGCCCAGGCUCUCAGAAUCAACAUGCCCCAGAAAAUUUGGAUUCUGUGCAUCAAACUAGAGAGAGCUGCAACGACGCUGCAGGGAGUUUGUCUCCCAAGAUGGCUGUAACUACAACAAAAUCAACUGAUUCAGAGUCUUAUUCAGUGUGAUGAAGCUUUUCUUUUCUUUCACAAUUGGCUUCAACCCUACUGUCGUUCCUUACGAUGAAAAGGAGUGGCAUCACAUUCUGCUUUGGAGAAGGCUGAAUCCAUAAUGUCCAAAUUUCCAGCCCGCAAGCAUGAUCGGAGUUGAGAUAGUUUUGGCCACAGUUGUACAUCUUGACUGCGACUUUGGUUCACUUGUGAACAUAUACCACUUUUGCAACUGGAAGAAUCAGAAGUGGAGAAUGAACUUUUGGUGCGGCAUUAUAGAAAGAAAGGUCUUACUAUUUUUGUUGACUUAGCCUAGUAAGACCAAUGUAGACUCUCACAGGGCACAGGGGCACAAAAUUGGUGCCCUCUGGCCGAAUCUUUCUCUGGAAUGAUUGACUAAGCUGGUGCUCUUGUAAAACAGCUUGGAAAGAUUAGUUUUGACCUUGCUAGCGUCGUGGCAGCCUGUGCCGUCAUACCAAAAUCCCACAGGCACUGUAAUUUGUUGAUGCGUGGAUCUGGCACGGGCAAAUCCAACUGGUGAUACAAGUUUAGCUUCC